CGUCCUGAAACAGGAAAUGACUCAUCAUCUUACCACUGAGUGGACGUUUAGUGUGUUUUGUGCUUCUAACCAACUGAGUGGACGCUACCAGGUUUAAUUUAGUGAUUUCAGAAAUGAAUAAACGUCUGAUCCAAUUGCUUGGCUUCUUGAUUUCAUCACUGGGAUGGCUGUUUGUGCUGUGCACCAUUGCCAUGGACUUUUGGAGGAUCUUCCAACUAGGAGGACAAGGAGGCUCCUUUAUCAUCAAAGUGGCCUGGUACUGGUCCAACCUGUGGAAGGAUUGUUUCACUGACUCCACAGCCAUCACCAACUGUAGGGACUUCCCUGUGCUCUGGACUGUCACCCCUUACGUCCAGGGAGUACGAGGACUGCUUAUGUGCGGGUUAACUCUUGGAUUCUUUGGUGUGGUACUUUGCUUUGUUGGGAUGGAGUGCACUUAUAUUGGCGGAGCUGAUAAAACCAAGGACAAGCUGCUUUUUGCGGGGGCAGUGUUUCAUAUAAUUGGCAGUGUGUCAGAUGUUUCUGCCUACUGCUUAUACAUCAACAGGGUUGCCAGAACAACCUUUGCUGUCAGUGUAGGGCCAGGAGUCUUACGGUAUGACCUAGGACCUCCCAUAUUUCUAGGAUUGGUGGGAUGUUUUUUAAUCCUUUUAGGGGCUUUGUUUUACGCUGUGACAGUCUUCCGAGUCAUUUGCCCUGAAAGUAAAGUGGUAUAUGCCUAUGGAGGAGGCACAUAUGUGGACCCUCGCUCCAGAGGAAGAACCCUGUACACCGGAUACUACAAACCCUCCAGGCAGUAUGGAUCUUAUUUGGGCUCAGGACCAUCCAGAAGCUCUAACAACUCAAAGCUCUCCCAGACAACACCUACGAAAAUCUCAGAAAGAGAUGCAUUUGUGUAAUAGCUCAAAGCUCUUUUUUCAUAUAUAGUUUUAUAUUAACACAAACCGACAAACACAACAAGACAUAGUAUCUCCAAUCUGGUUAACAAACAAUCAGCACAUUGCAUUGUAGAUACUGUAGGAUGAAGUGUGCAAUGUACAAUUGUAAUUUUUGUUGUUUUCAAGCUCUUGUCAUGUGUUGUUUUGGUAAAACAGGUCAUACUCUGUAUAAAAUACACUGUCUUGUGUCUACUCAUUAUUGUUAACUUUUUUGUGAUUUAACAAAAGCAUGUUAAAAUGAAGAACUCUAAC